AUGGCCGACGGUUCUGAGCAACCCGCGAACACAAGCGCCGUUCCCAUUCGAGGUGGUCUCGUCAAGGCCGAGUACUACUGGCGCGACCACCAACAAUGGCUGCAAGAGCGUGGCUACUUGCUUCGCCCCAGGUACAGGCCGGAUUGGGUGCCCUCCUGGCAGGGCACUAAGAAGCACUACCUCGAUUGUGAAGACGGCUUGAUGAUAGAGCAUCCCUAUAUUAUAGACGCGACAAGACUCUCGGAUGAUACACUAGUAUCGUUGAAGAAGGUUUCGACCGAUAUUCACUCUUUCGAGGCGGAUAUUGGGCGAUACCUUUGCUCGGAAGAGUUGCGAAACGAUUCCGACAACCACUGCGUGACGUUUUACGAAGUUCUACAAGACCCACUCGACGAACAUGUGGUCAUUCUCGUAAUGCCGUUGCUUAGAGAAUGCGACGAUCCCAACUUUGAGACCGUAGGCGAGGUCAUUGGGUUCAUUCAACAACUCAUUUCUGGCAUGAGGUUUAUGCAUGUACACCAUGUCGCCCACCGUGAUAUUAUGCUGCCGAACAUCAUGUUAGAUCCUAAACCAAUGUUUCCGGACAUGUAUCACCCUCUUUGCACAAACAAGAAGCGAAAUUUCACCGGUACAGCUAAACAUUACUCUCGCACAGAACGUCCGACAAAGUAUUAUUACGUUGAUUUUGGCCUGUCGCGCAAGUACAAUCCUGAAAACGGACCUCCUCUGGAGUUGCCCAUUCUGGGUGGCGAUAAAACUGUGCCAGAAUUCCAAGAUGAGGGGUACGACAAAGCUGUGAACCCCUUCCCGACAGAUAUAUAUUAUCUUGGGAAUCUCAUACGAAUGGCGUUCCUACAGGUCAGUCGUGAUGCUGCUGAGAUCCGAUACCAGAACUUCCAGUUCCUACAUACGCUCGUUACGGAUAUGGUCCAGGAUGAUCCCCAGAAGCGACCACCAAUUGAGGAAGUCGCCUCUCAAUUCACGGAAGCCACAUCGAAGCUUUCCUCGAGAGUACGUCGUGGCAAAUGCUCUGAUCGUCCAGAUGAGGAAUUUGCGUAG